CCCUGUCCCUGUCUGUGUCUGUGUGGGUCUGCCUGCCUGACAGUGAAGCAGUGGAUCAUAUGAGCUGCGAGCUGCUGAGCGCCUCAUCGUGCAGGAGACAUGGCAGGCUGGGGAGUCUUCUUCGUUUCUCUCCUCAACUACAAGACGGAGAAAUAUGUCAUCGCCGAAAACAGGAAGAUCGGGAUAUUAUUCAGACUGUAUCAGCUGGCGGUGCUGGGAUACAUAAUCGGGUGGGUGUUUUUGAUGAGGAAAGGUUACCAGGAGAGAGAGGAGGGCAUCCAGACCUCUGUCAUCACCAAGCUUAAAGGUGUCACACUGACCAACAGCUCAGAGACGGGCGUUCAGCUGUGGAACUCGGAGGAUUACGUCAUACCCCCUAGUGGGGAGCAGGUGAUCUUCGUCGUAACAAAUUACAUAGAGACGCCCAAUCAGAGGCUGGGAUUCUGUGCAGAGAGUAAUAAGGUUCCAGAUGGGCGGUGUCAGAGUGACGAUGACUGCCCAGAGGGGGAGUCAGUGAUAGCUGGCCAUGGAAUCAAGACCGGCGUGUGUCUGAACAGCACUGGGACCUGCGAGAUCCACGCCUGGUGUCCUGUUGAAUAUGGCGAGAGACCCACAGAGCCCUUACUAAGUGCGGCGGAGAACUUCACCAUCUACAUCAAGAACUUCAUCAGGUUUCCGAAGUUCGAAUUCUCAAAGUCCAACGUCCUCGAAACGUCCGAUGACGGCUACCUGAAAAGAUGCUCCUACGACAGAGUACACAAUCCUUACUGCCCCAUCUUCCGCCUCGGAGAGCUAGUCGGUUGGACGGGAUACGACUUCCAGGACAUGGCUGCUAAGGGGGGGUCCGUUGGGGUCCUCAUUGAGUGGGACUGUGACCUGGAUAAAGACUCCUCACAUUGUAAUCCAGAGUAUAGCUUCACUCGUCUGGACAUGAAUCUGAACAACUCGGUCACACCAGGGUACAACUUCAGGUACGCCAGGUACUACAAGCAUCAGAGCGGUGAAAGCUAUCGUGAUUUAUACAAGGUCUACGGGAUCCGCUUUGAUAUCAUGAUCAAUGGGAAGGCUGGAAGAUUCAAUAUUAUUCCCACAAUCAUCGCCAUCGGGUCGGGUGUUGCUCUGCUGGGUCUCGGAGCCUUUGUGUGCGAUAUGAUUCUACUCUACAUGAUGAACACAAGCUCCUUCUACCGCGAGAGCAAGUUUGAAGUCAUCGACUUCAACAAGAAGACCAAAACAAAGGAAGGGAAGACGAGACACCAAGAAAGGAAAUCCAGGAAAAAGGCUGCAGAGAAAGAAAACUCCGUCAAAAAUGCGGAUGAGACGUCUCCAGCUGCAGAGAACCAGCAGCCUGUGGACACACGCGGCCCAACCAUUCCACGCAACACAGGACAGCGAUACUCUGGCAUGGUCUCUCUGCAGGGACCAGAGCCAAGGCAUCACAUCACCAUCUCUUCAGAAGCUUAAUCUGCAGGCCGAGCGACAGCAAUCCCCUGCAGAGGAGCGUCCCUGCACGACUCGUCUGCAAGCCACUAUUUCAGUGACGCUUGUUCUGACUGAAGAUACGUUGGUCCAAGAUAAAGGUUUAAUGUUUGACUCUGAGGGCCGGGAGGCGGACGGACGAACUCAAAAGGUGGAUUUCAGUGGCAGGGUGGGGAUCCAGAGGCGGGACUUUGUGGGAGAUUACACCUGGUCCAUAUAUUAUGUUGUGAUAAUGUCGGUGCAAUCAGCAAAAAAACAUAAAAAAGAAGUAUCAAAGCAAAUCACCAAAUUUAUACUGAAUACUGAUUUACAAAAGCAAAGAAUGAACGGCGUCAAGAAUCAGAUGUUUGAGCUUUAAAGGCUGUUGAUCAGACUCAUGAAGCUUCCUGUCCAGAUCCAGUGACAUAUUAUGGGCUUUAGUUUGACAUAUUAAUCAUGAGAUGACUUUGCACAUCCUUUCAUGAGACACCGUAAAAUAAUCACAAUCAGAGUUGAAUCAAGACUCUUACAACCCGACUGAUUUGUUGUGUUUGCAACAUUUAAGCCUGAAGCGUUAGAGAAUAUUUACUGGCCGUUAGACGGUGUGCACGAGUCUUUUUCAACUCAACAGUUAUUCCUAUCACUGCAAAGAAAUGAUGAUUGAAUUAGGGAAAUGGACUGUAAUUGCUGCCCUUCUCAUUGUGGCUCAUUAUCAGCUUGGAUCUAAAACUUAAGAUGUCUUAGAUCGAGUCAAAAUAAACAUGAACAAAUCGACAAAUUGUCACCAGAGGAUUUAUUCUGCGAGCAUGAAUACGAGAUGAAAAUGUAUUUAAAAUCUGAUCUUUGAAUCAACAUGAGAGGAGAAGUGUGGACGGUCUUAACUGCUAUCUGUACCCGUGUGUUGAGCUUAAACACUGUGAAUGUUUCCUGCUGUAUUCUGGGUGAGUUGAAGAUGAAGACAAAGCCCGUUGUUUUCACAGAUUGACUUCAGCUGUGACUCCGUGUUGUGUCGUCAUGAUGUGUAAACUGUGAGUGGACAGCUGAUAUUUGAUGAGUUGUGCAACAUGCUUGUGUUAGUUAUAGGUCUGUCAAACGAUAACAUUUAAGUCACGAUUAUUCACAUUAUUAUUAAGCAUUUUAUUUUGAAUGUUUGUCCUGUCUUAAGCUGAAAGAACUUUA